AUUAUAAGCCCAACCAAACAAGUCCUAGGAAAAUAUUCCAUUUCAUUCGAACUGCAAAUUACUGGAGAAACAAAGACAGGAGGGGAUUUCCACACCUUCAUUCGUGUAUAGAAUCCCCGGUAACGCGUUAAACCGCCACCCUCUGUUCCUCUCUCUGUCUCUGUCUCUCUCUCUCUCUCUCUCUCUCUCUCUCCUCCUCCUCAACCUCCUUUCCCUCUUUCUCUCGACCUAGAAUUUUGUUUACGGACGUAUUGAAAACAGUUUCACAUAAUUUACCCUAACAAGGGCACGGGGAAUGGAGGCAGCGGCGGCGGCGUUGCAGGUGGAGGAGCUAACGUCCGGUGCGAGUAGCCGCAUAAUUCCGGUCUUCAAAAACCUACGUCAGUCAAUCCUUUCAUACGAGUCAUUUCGCAAAUCUCUUCUCUUAAUUUAUUCAUUUUUCGUAUGGAUCCUACUCCUUCUCCCCCGCCGUCACCGAUUAUCCUCUACCGCCGCCUCCUCACCGCCUUCGUCCCCCAAAUCGGCGUCGUCUGCCAUACGGUACCGAAAAUUUGGUAUCCGGAGAGAUGAGGAGGAUACGCUGCGGCGCAGGGCUUUAGCGGAGGCAAUUGAUAUGGUGGCGGACGAUAACCGCCGGUGCCAGUGGACGACGUCGUUGUUCUUUGGUGUAAGACGAAAUGCUCUCUUUUGCCGGUCGUGGUUGCCGGUGUACGGUGAAAUUAAGGGUAUUGUGAUUAUCAUACAUGGGCUUAAUGAACACAGUGGGCGCUACACACAUUUUGCCAAAGAACUAGUCUCCUGCAACUUUGGGGUCUAUGCAAUGGAUUGGAUUGGUCAUGGUGGAAGUGAUGGAUUGCAUGGAUAUGUACCUUCACUGGAUCAUGUUGUUGCGGACACUGCUGCAUUUCUGGAAAAAGUAAAGUUAGAGAACCCAGGUGUACCAUGCUUCUUGUUUGGUCAUUCAACUGGAGGGGCAGUGGUCUUGAAGGCUGCUUCGUAUCCCCAUAUCGAAGAAAUGUUGGAGGGAAUCAUAUUGACUUCACCUGCUUUGCGCGUCAAGCCAGCCCAUCCUAUUGUUGGUGCUGUGGCCCCAAUAUUUUCGAUGGUAGUUCCAAGAUUUCAAUUCAAAGGUGCUAACAAAAGGGGAAUUCCAGUUUCGAGGGACCCUGCAGCGCUCUUAGCUAAAUACUCGGACCCUUUGGUUUACACUGGACCCAUAAGAGUCCGCACUGGCCACGAGAUAUUGCGCAUUUCUGCGUACUUGAUGCGCAACUUUCAGUCUGUUACAGUUCCAUUCUUCGUCCUUCAUGGAACUGCUGAUAGAGUAACUGACCCAUUGGCUUCUCAGGAUUUAUACGAUAAGGCGCCCUCCAAGUUUAAGGACAUCAAACUUUAUGAAGGAUAUUUGCACGACCUUCUUUUUGAGCCUGAGCGUGAAGAGAUCGCCCAGGAUAUCAUUGAUUGGAUGGAGAAGCGGCUAUUAUGAAAAUGCCACUCUGGUUAUUGGUGAUAUAUAUAACCAGCAGAACUAGCUUUAAUUGUUAAACCAUGGCGAAGAACCGGACUGUUUAUCAUUUUGAGCUGAAUAUUCAAUCUUUAGGUGUGAUCGAUCUUGUGGACUUAGAAUAUGUAUAUAAGUGAUUGUUGCAUGUCUUGUAUUUAUUGCAGCAAAACUAGAAGUGUUUUUAUGAUUAGUUUAUUGAAAAGACAAGAAAAGCUUUGCUGAAAAAUCUUGUUUUGGAACAUGAUACUAGAGAUUUGCUAUGCGUUGGAAUUACUGGCAGUUUAUUCUUUGUCGAAAUGCAGUAGCAAUAACUGCCAAGCUGAUUUUGUGAUAAUAUUAAUAGUAUGUGUGGAGUGUAUUCAAAU